AUAAAACUGAAAGAGGGUAGUUGCAUUUGCUGCUUAUGUGGGUAAUAUUGUCUUUUCACUCACAAACAAGGGGAAAAUUUAUUAUUGGUGCACGAUGAGAGAGGCUUACUUGAAAGCAUUUGAAAAUUUUACAAUUUCUGGUUUUCACAUUUGAAAAGAAAAAAAAGAGAUCCGAAAUUUCCCCUCACAUCACUAAAAGGAAGAAAGAAUUUUGUUAUUUUUUAAUAAUCAAUUUGGAAUAUUUUCUAGAUUUCUCCUUUUGGUUCUUUAUAAACACUUUUCCAGUUUCCACAAGAAAAGAAAAAGAGAAAUUUCUCUCUCAUUGCACUCUCUUGGUCAUCAUCAUUUUAUUUAAAAUCAAACAUUUUUUUUUGAAAGUCAGACGAAAUUUGGUUUGAUUUAUGCCAAGAAACUAAAAAAAUUCUUUUGUUUAUUUUUGCUUUUGGUUUUUGAUUGUUUUGAUAAAAAAGUAACGGUUUUACAAAAUUCUGUGCCACCACCACCGAUGCCGGAUAAUCGGCAAGUUCAGAACAAUGCUGUGUCGAAUAAAUCUGCCGAUAACAUUGAAGAAGCAAUUUUGCGGUUGAAAAUUGAUGAUAAUAAUCAAGACGUGGGUGUUUCUAAAUCGGCUGCCUACCCUGAUCGACCUGGUGAACCGGAUUGUUCUUAUUAUUUAAGGACUGGAUUAUGUGGUUAUGGAAGUAAUUGUCGUUUCAAUCAUCCGGCUUAUGAUGCUCAGUGUGACCAAUAUGGAGAAGAACUACCUGAGAGAGCUGGACAGCCGGACUGUGGGUACUUUUUAAGGACAGGAACUUGCAAAUAUGGAUCAACAUGUAAAUAUCAUCAUCCAAAGGACAGGAAUGGGGCUGGACCUGUUACAUUUAACAUCCUUGGUCUUCCCAUGCGUCAGGAUGAAAAAUCAUGUCCUUUUUACAUGCGGACUGGAUCAUGCAAGUAUAGAGCUGCAUGCAAGUUCCAUCAUCCCCAGCCUGCAUCCCCUGGGGCUGGCUUACCUCUAAAUGGACCUGUUGGAUCACAGAUUUUGCCACCAUCAGGUGUGCCAUAUGCUAGUGGAUUUCCCACAUGGUCAUUACCCAGGGCACCUUAUGUCUCUGGCCUGUGUUUACAAAGCGCAGGCUACAUGCCUGUUGUUGUUUCUCCUUCUCAAAGCAUAAUACCUGCACAUGGCUGGAGCACCUACCUGGGAAAUAUGAACCCUGUAUCUUCUGCUGGUAUUCUUGGAUCCAAUUUCGCUUACAACUCAAUGAAUCCCGCUGAGUCAGGUUCUAGUGGACAGGUGCUCCUGUCAUCAACAUCUGCUUCAAAUUUUCCUGAAAGACCUGAUCAACCAGAAUGUCGGUAUUAUAUGAACACUGGAACUUGCAAAUAUGGAUCUGAUUGCAAGUACCAUCAUCCAAGGGAAAGGAUUGCAAAUUCAGUGGUAAAUAGUAUUGGCCCACUUGGGCUUCCUUCAAGACCUGGGCAAGCUGUAUGUUCAAGCUACACUAGGUAUGGACUCUGCAAAUAUGGUCCAACUUGCAGAUUUGAUCACCCUUAUGUGGAAUAUCCUUAUAAUUAUGCUUCAAACCUGCCUUUAUCAGUGUUUGAUACAUCUCUCGUAACAUAUCAAAGGAUGUUACCAACAACCCAUUUGUCUGAAGCUCCUCUGCCAUCAAAGCUUCCUGAUUGGGCACGGAACACUGGUUCUGUGAGCAAGAAACAUCAGAACUUGGAGACUAAAAAUUCCGAUGAUCCACCUGAACAGGCUGCUUCUCCAACACUUUCUUUGCAGAGUUCAUCAAAAACCUCACAUGAUUAAACUGAUUUAAUCAGUCAUUUUGUCAUCUUUUAACUAGUCUCUUUUGUUAAUUUGUACCCUUCCAAGGAGUCUUUGAUGAUAUGUACCUCCUGCACCCCUUUCACCUGUGAUCCGACACAGUGUUAUAGGUAGUUUGAAUAUUUUCUCUGAGCAAAAUGCUGGGGGGGCAGGAAAGCAUUUUUUUUUCCUUUUGUGGUGAAUAAAAUGCAGGUGAAAAGAUGUAAGAUCCUUUUUCUUUUUCUUGGUGCUGAUAUCCUACUCAGAUGUUUUAGUUAAGCAGUUGGCAGCUCAGGUCCAAUUUAACCAGUCAAGAUCUGUUCAUGGUUUGAUGGGUGUAUGCAUUUCCCAAAGAUAUUGGGCUGUGUAUAACUACUAAGAAUAAGUGGGAACUACAAAGAUUUCAGGUAAAGAAAGGAACUUUAUUAGCUCACAAAUAGCCUAAGGCGGUGCAAUCAGAAAUAAAUCUGAGUAGCAAAGCAAUUCAGAUUUUAGACGCCAUUACUGUGCUUGUAGUUUAUUAACAAUGACAAGCAUACGAGAGAUGUUGAGGAAUAUGGUGCUGCCGCUGAACCAAGCUUAUGAUAGUCAAUUACUCAAAACCUUGAUAGGGUUUAGUAGUUGUGAUAAUUU